GGUCUGACAUAUAUGCAUCGCAGGCCCUCGCCGUGAAUUGUCUCCUUUUGCCAGGCUUCCUGAGUGUCGGAACCCUUUUCCCAGCCGUUAACUAUCCGUCCAUUUUCCAGAAGAAAGGUGUACUGGCCUGGAAAACUAUCAAUGGACGACUUGGAGAUGAAGCCGGUGGACCAGAGUGUGCAGGAUGCGCACGAUCUGGCUGCCUUUGGCCAUGAUCAGGCUCUCUCUCGCAGUUUCAGCAUGGUCUCGAUGCUCAGCCUUGCCUUUUGUGUCUUGGGUACUUAUGCAGUCUUCGCACAAGAUCUCGCCAGUGGCCUCACGGGCGGAGGUCCCAUUUCGAUCCUCUGGGGUCUUUGCCUGGUCACAGUUUGCAAUGUUUGUGUGGCACUCUCUCUGGGAGAACUCUGCAGUAGCAUGCCCACUGCUCUCGGACAGGCAUACUGGGUAUAUCGUUUAUGGGAAAGCCCGACCGGUCGCUUCGUCUCCUACAUGUGUGCCUGGAUCAACACCUUCGGAUGGUGGACAUUGACGGCGUCGCAAGUGGCCUUCAUGGCCGACUUUAUUCUCGGCAUGAAAGUCAUGUUCGACGAGAAUUGGGCUGGUGCUAGCCUAGGUUGGCUCCAGUUUGUGGUGUACAUCGGCUGUGUCUUCCUCUUGACACUGAUUAACGUUGUGAGCUGCCGCAAAGACAAAGUCUUGCCCUGGAUCAACAACUUUGUUGGGGUGGGAUUUGGGGGUCUGUUCGUCAUUUUAUCCCUGGCUCUGCUGAUCUCCGUCGGUGUCAAGUCGGAUCUAUCCUUCCAGCCUGCAUCUUUUGUCUUUGGCCGUUGGAUCAACGAAACGGGCUGGGACUCCGGCGUGGUCUGGUUUACGGGUCUUGUGCAGGCUGCCUAUGGCCUGACCGCAUUUGAUUCCGUAAUCCACAUGGUUGAAGAAAUCCCCGCCCCGCGUCGCAAUGCUCCCAGGAUCAUCUAUCUUUCCGUCAUUAUUGGUGCGGUCACUGGAUUUAUCUUCAUGGUCGUCUGCCUUUUCUGCAUUCAAGACCUGGAUCAAGUGAUCAACUCGCCUACUGGCCUACCCUUCAUCGAACUUCUUGAAGAGACCGUCGGCCUCAAGGGCGCCGCUGUCCUUGUCGCUCUUUUCAUAUUCAAUGGCCUCGGUCAGGGUGUCAGUGUUCUCACCACCUCUUCCCGCCUUACUUGGAGCUUUAGCCGAGAUGGUGGCUUACCCUGGAGUGGCUACUUGUCAUAUGUCGAUCCGGUGUGGAAGGUCCCUGUCCGGGCUCUCUGGUUCCAGGGGGUAUUGAUCGCGCUUGUCGGUGUGCUCUAUCUUUUUGCCAGCACUGUUCUCGAAGCGAUCCUGAGCGUCAGCACCAUUGCACUCACCAUCUCUUAUGCCCUGCCAAUUGUGGCCCUCCUCGUUGUUGGACGCGACAAACUCCCGCCGGGAGAAUUACAACUGGGCAGGUUUGGCAAGCCGAUCAAUUGGAUCAGCUUAGUGUAUUGCUGCGUUACCACCGUCUUCUUCUUCUUCCCUACCUCGCCGAACCCAUCCGCCAGCGACAUGAACUACGCGAUCGCCGUGUUUGGCGUUAUGUUGGUAAUCUCAAUCUUAUUCUGGUUUAUGCGCGGAAGUCGUACCUACUUGAAGACGGAAGAUGCCAUCGUCGAGAUGGUGAACGCACAACGUUUCGAGAAUGAAACAGCAGGAGACGUCAAGCACAACUAGGAAAUGCGAGCCUUGCAUCAGUAUGUGUCUGAUGCCGUGAUAAUCAACUGCAGCCAGGGAUCCUUGUACAUACAUCUCC